CCACCUUCCUCCUUGCUUCAUAUAUAAAGAGGGAAUCCUCCCUUCAUAAUUCAUCACAUGGAGCCUCCAAGAUCAGAGGUAUGUCUUUCUGAAACUUCAAGCAUCAUCUCAGUUUCAAAUGCUCCUUCAAACCCAUCACUCAAAUCCUCCAUGGACUGUAAAAAAGAGGUGAAACAGUUAGCAGAAGGAGAAGAAGAAUUGGAAGAAGAAGAUGAUGAUGAACAAGACCAAGAUCUUGUUUUGGAUCUAAGUCUUACUAGCAAAGAUUCAAAGCCAGAACUCAAUCUCAUCGAUUCUUUUGAUAUGGAGUCUUCCCAGAAAUCGUCCUUAGAUACUCCUCAAGGUAAUGAAACUGAGCCUCGAAUAUUCUCAUGCAACUAUUGUCAAAGAAAAUUCUAUAGCUCACAGGCACUUGGAGGUCACCAAAAUGCACACAAGAGAGAAAGAACACUGGCUAAACGUGGACAAAGAAUCAGUACUGGUGGCCCUUUUGGUCUUGGUCAUCGCCAUAACUCACACCUAAAUCGAUACUCUAGCAUGGCUUCUCUUCCUUUGCAUGGCUCUUUGAGUAGAUCACUUGGAAUCCAGGUGCACUCCAUGAUCCACAAGCCAACUUUAGUACCAUCUUCCACUUUUGGUUCUUCAAAUAUUUAUGGGCAAAAUGGCUGGUCUAGAAAACCUAUUGAUCAGCAACCGGCAGUUGGGAGGCUAGCGCCGGAGAGCUUUUAUAUGGAAACUAAUAUGGGAUCAUCUAAUGGGGUUGCAAGAUUUGAAUCUGCAAGAAAAUUUUCUCCAGCUAGGGAAGGAAUUGAGGGAUAUUGGUGGGAUGCUGGUGUUAACCAUUUGAAGAGUAAACGAGAUGAUUUGCAAAAACUUGACUUGUCACUCAAGCUCUGAUAUAAAAGUAGCGGCUCUUUAUUUUUUACAGUUCAAUUUCCUUCUUCUCUUCUUCUUCUUUGACUUUCAUUAUGUUCUUGGCUACUGUAGAAUUUUUCAUCUGUCUUCUUUAGCUGGACUUUUUGUAAAUCUUUUCUUGGCUACAGAAUAGUGUAUGCUCCAUGAAAGAUUAGUUUCUUUCAGUUCUUGAAUUAGAAGAUUACCAAAUUCUGUAUGUUUGGUGUUGAGACAUUGAAUAUUGAAGGUGCUUUUGUGCUA